UUUAUGGGUGAGGCGGCGGCGCGAACAAUGGCGGUCGGCAAGAUACCGGAAUUUAAAAUUGGAACGGAUAAUUGGAGGCUGUACAUAGACCGCUUAGAACAAUAUUUUUUAGUAAAUGAAAUUGAAACGACCUUGUAUGUGCCAACGUUAAUUACAGUGAUGGGGGCUGAGUGCUACGAACUUUUAGUGAAUUUGUGCACGCCCGAUAAACCGUCAACCAAAACGUUCGCACAGGUGACGUCGAUACUUGAAAAACAUUUACAGCCUAAACCGAGCAUCUUAGCUGAGCGUUUUAAGUUUAGACACAGGAAGCAAAGUGCGAACGAGUCCAUUUCGGAAUAUGUGGCCGUGUUAAAGCGUAUGUCGAAAGAUUGUGACUUCGGUACUUGGCUAGAGGACAGCUUGCGUGAUCAGCUGGUUUGCGGCCUGCAGAGUGAGACUAUACGCCAGCGGUUAUUUACAGAAGAAUCGUUGGACUUUGCGAAAGCGUACAAAUUGGCGGUCAGUAUGGAGGCGGCGGAAAAAGACUCGGCUCUCGUGGAGGGUCGCACGGGACCGGCGAGUGGAGCGGGCACCGUGGAGUGCCAAGCGAUGACCCCGCGCUGGGCGGGAGGCCAGGCGGGACAGCGCGCGGCCGCGGGGCGCCUCGCGCGGGCCGGGGCGGCCGCGCUGGCGGCGGCGGCGGCGGCGGCGGCGGCGGCGGCGGCCGGGGCAAGGCUCCGGCGCGCGGCGCCCAGCGGUGCGCGGCGUGCGGCGGCGCUCACGACAAGGCGGGAUGCCAAUUUGCACGUUACGUGUGCCGGGUAUGCAAUAGACAGGGGCAUUUAA